AUGGUGGCUAGGAUUUAUAUUUAUAUGGGCUGCUCGGUGAUUUACAAAUGGAUCUGUGGAUGGAUAACCAGAAAGCAAGUAAUUUGCGUAGAAUCAAGCGUUAUCCGUCUGAAGCAUGCACAAUUUCCAGAUAAUGGUGAAUCACCUCAAUCCGAUUUUAUCAUCACCGUAUUGAGUAAAUCUGAGGAUGCAGGUCGCUUGGAUAUGAAACUGGCCAAAACUGUCAAUGAUAUUACUGUCAAUUUAUCAGAAAAUGAAGUAAGACGAACGAUGAACGAAAAUUGUGCAUAUGUUGCUGAUGGAGAUCAGUUGAAUGAUCGUGUCGAGAAUGGCGACGAUCAACGAUGCUCAUUGACAAUCGAUAUUGAGAUGGAUUCGGACGAUCCUCAAAAUAUCGCUCAGUAUGCACUUACCCAACUGUCCUCUCAAAAGGAGAAUGAAGAAAGAUGUUGUUCUUCGAGUUGUAUGAAGUGUUGCUCGUUCGAAACAUUUCAUGAUGCUCCUCCGACAGCAUGCGAAGCACGGCCAUACGUCGGCGAUAACGCCCUUCUAGUCGGUCAUCUGCCGCAAGUGGCACAUCGACAAAUUGAAUUAUAUCUGAAUCCACCAUCCUAUGGCUCAAUGCAUAACUGGCAAUAUUUAGCAUCCAAUUUUGGCGUGUCGAAUAACGAAAUCAUGGCACGAAUACCGUAUCUUUUCUGUCUACGAAGUGCAAAAAAUCCAACUCGAGUGAUCUUGGAACGAUUCGCACGAUGUUCAUUGAAUCAUUUUUUGGAUUUGAUCUGUGAACUGAAUCGAAUUGAUGUACUCAUCACAUUACAACCUUACGUGAACGGUCUUAAAGCUAGUGCUGAUGCUUUGCAAGCAUCUGGUCUUCUUAACAACUCUCUCUCAGAUUCAGGUGCUUUUUUCGACGAAUUCGCAGGUCAGUCGUCGUCUAUGCGACCUCCUCUUGCGGCACGGUCGAAGUCAAGAUCAAGUGGCCAAGUGCCCAGAACUUGUUAUGCGCAACCUGAGCUGUUGCUACCGUUACAGUCGUCGGCUGCAAGUAGUGGCUCUUCUUUUCAGAAGCACUAUCGUUAUGAUGUUGCUCACUGGAAUUUAAGUGAAAAAAUUAUUUUAAUCACGCAUCAUGAAGAUGAAACGAGCGACUUGCUGAAGAAAAACUUCAAAUGGUUGAUGAAAAAUUUGAGAAAAUAUGGCAAAGAAACGAAUUGCAACGUUUUAAAUAUUGAAGAGUGCUUAUGCGAAGGUGAUAUAUUGGGUGGCUUACAUGCACUUUUUGAAAAUGCAAUGCAUAUAGUGUGUGUAUUUUCGGAUGAUUAUACGAAGAUGUUGACAUGUUCGGAUGAAGGUGGUGAUCAACUUUGUAUAUUAAAACGUUAUUUGCAUUCGUUAAUGGACAGCGAAUAUAUGCAACAUUCGGGUGUUAAUCAACGUUUUCGAGCUGUGAUUCUUGAGGGUACUGAACGUGAUGUGCUUCCAACUGGGUGGCCACAAAAUACGCUUGUCUACGUUUUUCCUACUCAUCAUGUUGAACUCUUCAAGAAACUAUUCGAUUGA